CAAGGUUCAUGGCGUAUUUAUGGUAAAUGGACUGCAUUUAUAUAACGCUUUUCCACUCCUCCGAGCACUCAAAGCGCACACCGAUAGCAGAGGCUGCCAUGCAAGGCGCCAACCUGCACAUCAGCAGCACUUUGGGGUAUUGUCAGAGUCGGGAGGAGUUAGACGACUACUUCCUGAGCUACUGCUCCCUAUUUAAAAACAUUACUUACAGUAGGCUACUAUAUAAACCAGGCCAAUUUUCUUAUCAGUGACAAAGCAAAGAUUGUGUUUCUUAACAUUUUGAAAACUCAUGGAUGGACCCUACAAGACAGGGGUUUAGUUGAUCACCUUGCCUCACCUCACCUCAGAGUCAUGUACCAAAGUAGGUAAAUAAUCUAAAGAUUUGCUUGUGUGGACUUAAGACAAAGCAAUCUUUUGUGUCUGUUAUGUCUGCUGCUUCUAAUUGUAAACCCAGUCUUAAUCAGACUACAAAUGGCAUGCAAAUUUGUUAGUGAUAAUUCAAUUUAAGGAAAGCAAUGGGUGACAUUUUGUUUUGUCCAAUAGGUGGCAGCAGUAUUAAUCUGACUGUCAAGGCUUAGUUAAACUUGUUCCACUUCACUCCCCAGAUGUUAGUCUCAUUAGAGGUUCUGAGAGACUCAAAGCCUUCCCAAACAUUUCGCUGAUAUUGUCUUCAAAGAAUAAAUAUUUAGACAGGGAAAAGCGGAUGAUUAAAAUUGGAGUAAAAAUCCAACUACCACUAAAGAGACACUACUGAGGAGCUGGGAUCAGGUGUUUCACACACAGCUGACAGCCAUUAGGAUCUCAGACUUGGGUUGCUUUAGUUAGACAUCUCUGAAUGGAUACAUUCACUGUGGAAGAGGCUGUAGAGGCCAUUGGAUUUGGAAGAUUUCAAUGGAAGCUUUCUAUGCUCACUGGAGUAGCAUGGAUGGCUGACGCCAUGGAGAUGAUGAUUCUGAGUAUCCUGGGCCCUCAGCUCCAUUGUGAGUGGAGGCUGCCUAGCUGGGAGGUGGCCUUCAUCACCUCCGUUGUGUUUAUAGGAAUGAUGCUCAGCUCAUCCUUAUGGGGGAAUAUCUCUGACAAGUAUGGCAGGAGACUGGGUUUGAUCCUGUGUAUGGUGUGGACACUGUACUAUGGUCUACUGAGUGCCUUUGCUCCCGUUUACGGCUGGAUUCUCGUCCUGAGAGGCCUAGUCGGCUUUGGCAUCGGAGGAGCACCACAGUCGGUAACACUAUACUCAGAAUUCCUUCCAAGCAAGUCGCGAGCCACCUGCAUAAUGCUGAUCGAGGUCUUCUGGGCGUUGGGUGCGGUGUUUGAGGUGCUGUUGGCCAUGCUGGUGAUGCCCACCCUCGGCUGGCGAUGGCUCCUGGCUUUCUCCACAAUACCUCUGGUGCUCUUCACUACAUUGUGCUUUUGGCUUCCUGAGAGUGCUCGGUACGACGUGCUGACAGGCAACAGCCAGAAGGCACUGGUCACUCUGAAGAGGAUAGCAGAGGAUAACAGGGCGGAGUUGCCAAAGGGCAGACUCAUAGCCAACAGACAGGAUGAUCGUGGCAAGAUACAGGACCUCUUUACUCCUGAGUACCGCAUGACCACUAUUCUUCUUUGGUUCAUCUGGUUCGCCAAUGCUUUUGCUUAUUAUGGUCUGGUCCUACUAACAACAGAGCUCUUCCAGGCCGGUGAUAUAUGUGGAGUAAACACAGCAAGAGCCAAAGUAGAACCUCGUUGCAGUUUAGAAUGUUCCUACCUCACACUAGAUGACUAUAAAGACCUCCUGUGGACGACCCUAGCUGAAUUUCCAGGGCUUCUUGUCAUCCUUUGGGUGAUAGAUCGAAUCGGUCGAAAGAAAAGCAUGGUGAUGUGUUUCGUAGCAUUCUCAGUAUCUAUCCUGCCCCUGUACGCCUGCAUUGGGAGGACGGCUCUGACCAUUUUCAUCUUCAUUGCGAGAGCUUUUAUCACAGGUGGAUGGCAGGCAGCAUAUGUUUACACACCUGAGGUUUACCCUACAGUAACAAGAGCUGUUGGCAUUGGAACCAGCAGUGGCUUUGCCAGAGUUGGUGCCUUGCUUACCCCAUUCGUGGCACAGGUGCUACUGAGGUCAUCCGUCUACCUGACGCUGUCUGUGUACUGUGUUUGCUCUUUACUCGGUGCGGUGGCAGCUUGGUUCUUGCCCAUCGAGACAGCAGGUCGGGCCCUACAGGAGUCCACUCAGCUUAAUAACAAUGGCCCCCAGGACAUAAACAUGACCAGUCUUCCGCCAGCCUCUCAGGCCAGCCACGGUACACAGAACGGCCACUCCCAAGGACCAUGACGUGUGUGUGUGUGUGUGGGGGGGGGGGGUGGUAUUCUUAUAAAGUCCUCUCUGGAGGAUUAGUUGGUGAUGUGUGGACAGGGGAACUCUGAGGACAUUCUGGGAGCACUAUGAUGAGGCUGCUGUGCUGGUUACAAGCAGGUAAUGAUGGUGGCUGCUGUGGGUGAUGUAGGUCGUUGCUGGUUUAAAACUGCAUCUGUUUCAGAAUAAGUUGUCAUCUGCACUGGGACUGGGAUAUCCCAUACACUCAGCAUAAAGUGGUAUGUGGUUUUGCCUGAUUCAGCCAGUAUGACUCUAUUCACUUGUAGCUAGGAUCAGAACAAGUCAGCGUUAUUGUUAUUCCAAAUCUUCUGUUUAUUUAUUUAUUGUCUGUUAUGAUGUAUUUAAGUCAGACUAAGAAUUUGGCUCCGUCACUUGGAUAUGCAAUUAGCUUUCAGUAGAGUUCUUGUUGCUGCUGUUUACAGCAUGUGCUUAGUCCCCAUGAAGAAUACAUUCUAAUUAAACAUAUGCUUCAAAUCACUGUACUGUAAUCACUUUGAAGAGCGUCUGAUCAAAAAUCAAUAAAGGUAUAAUGCAACAGAAAA